CCGCUCUCAGGCUGCUCUCUGCUGCGCAUCCAAACUCAUUGCGAUACAGCUGUCAAGUUAAGUUCCACCAAUCGAAGACUGGCGUAUGCUCCUUCCUUACCGGGGCAAGAGCCAUUACAGCAAAGAAGAACUCAUUGCGAUACAGUUAUUUAAAUUAUUAAAUUGCUUAAAAGCAGUUUUUGAUGUUUUUAUUUGAUAUUCAAGUUACAUUUGUGAGCACUGUAUAAAUUCCAUUAUUAGUAACACAGAUUUGGAUCAGAUGUCACCCAGACAAACUCGUUCAGCAACAAUAAAGCAAUCUGUUAUUACUACUAGAUCUAGAAAGCAAAAAGUAAACAAUUUUGUUGAAAAUGAAACUAAAGCAGCAAGAAGACAAAAGAGAAAGAAAUCAGCAGAAAAGAAACGAAUUAAAAAUUCUUUGAAAAGUACUAAACAAAGUGAAACAGGAUCAUCUGAUGCAAAGACAACAUCCAAUAAGCUUGUGCAAAAGAAAAGUUUUCGCCAAAAACAUAACUACAAGAGAAGAUCAAGAGAAGAUACAUUCACAUCCCAAAAAAAUAAAAAAAUAAAUUUUAAUGACUCAUUCAAGAUAAAAAAUAAUGAAAAUUUUCUUAUAAAAAAAUCUGCUAAGAACACUACUUCUCAGCACAAUACUUCACAAAGUUUAACUUUGCAUAAAGAAACUGCUAAAAAAUUACAAAGAAAAAUUACUGGUACACGUAUAAAAACAUCACCUAUACUGGUGACGCCUGAGAGUACACCUCCGAAGAUGAGUCUUACACCUCAUAGGUCUAAAAAGACACCUACAAAAUCACUAGUUUCUUUAGGCUCUCCAAAGACACAUUCACUAGCUGUUCCAAAGUUAUUGAAAAGUCCAAAAAAAUUGUCUCUUCUUACAUAUAAAGACAAAUUAGAUAUUUGUGACAAGAAAUCACAAAAAAGCAAAAAGAAAAGUUUGGGUGAUAUUGCUAUAUCCAAGAAAAGUUUCUUACUAACAUCAAUAAAACAAAAACAUAAAAAAUCGGAUGUAAAUUUAAAAGCAAUUGUACAUAUGCUCUCAAAAUCUCCUAAAGAGAAGUAUUCAAAGUCAAAAAAAUCAAACUUGAAGGUGCUAUCUCCGUCUCAAGUUAGAAAAAACUUAUUACUGAAAUCAUCUCUCAUAAGCGUUUCUGGUUCUCCAUCAACUCUUCCUAAAGCAAGAAUUGAUGGAACAAGAUCUAAGUAUUUAUUAGCACUUAAACGCAGGUUACUAAAUUCGAAACUAUCAAAAAUUCUGACAGCUUCACAAAUAGAGAAUAUGUUAUCAGAACCAAUAGUGUUGUUGGAAAAAUUACCAUCUGAAAUUAACCAAAAUACACUUACAGAUAAGACUAAAUUAGAUACCUUAAUAAGAAGAACUUCUUUCUUGACUAAUACACAGAAGAGAUCCAAGAUGUCAACAUCAGAAACUUCUAUGAAAUCAAGAGCAACACACAAUUCUAACACGAAAUCAAGAAAAACCAUGAAGAAAUCACCAAAAAUUAAACAUAAUGCAUUAAUACAAAGAACAAAUACAUCACCCGUGCCAUUACAGUCGUCUACUCCACAAGAGAAUAAAAUGUCAAUUAACAUUAAAUCAAUAUACAAAUUCAAUAUACCAAUAAAAUCUACAAAUAAUGCGUAUUUCAAUAGUAAAUUAAGAAGCAAAAAUCUAUCAAAUAUACGAUCACUUAGUAAUGGUAGUAGCAUACUAAAUGGUAUCACUACAAGGAAUAAUACUUACAAUAUAGAUAAUACGACAGUACUAAAAAAAGAAAAAAAAACAAAUACGUAUGAAUUGGAACAAUCGCAAAUAUUGAAUUUGCAACAGAUAAGUAGAAAACAUACUUUAAAAGAAACAAUUUUACAUAAAAAUACGAAGAGAGCUAAAGUACAAUAUACAGAUGUAACAUCCGACACAAAUGUACCUAAAUCAACCAGUAAGCCAAUCAAAUUGCCGUUAAAAAAGUUGCAUAUUAUUAAUGCAAACAGAAAUAGCGUUACAAAUUCAGCACAUAAAUGUCAACAAAAUGAGAUUGAGAACUUAAGUCGAAAUUCAUUUAUAUCUUCUUGUAAGAAGAAAAGUUCACGCACAAAUAUAGUUGUAUUGAGAACUAGGCCAAGUAAAAUUGAGACACCGAAGACUUUUAAAUCUAUUGGAAAACAAUCGGAGAAGAAAUCGUUGACAAAAAUGCCAAAUUUUGAAAGAAUACAUGAAAAAUUGUUUUCUAAAGCAGAAUCACUUGUAGAUACAAAAAACCGUUUGAAAAAUCGUCAUGCAGCAUUCACUCUAAACAAAGUUUUUCCAAAAAUAAAUAUAAAAAAAAAGGAAAAAAAAUUAUUGCCUAUUGACACAAAUGACGGCACUCACAAUAGAUUCGGAUUUAGACUAAGAAAACCUGAAGCUACACACUUGGUAUUACAAAAGCAAACUAUUUGUUCAAGAGAAACAAAACAACAAGAAGCGCAAACGAUACUGAAACAAGUAAGAACAAAUCGACGUUUCGAAUUGCAAAUGAAAGCUCGUAAUCUAGUUGCGUAAAGACUAUGUAUUUUACAUAAUGUUGUCUCUACCUGUUUUGAUAAUAGAAGUUAUUGCACAAACUGAUUAAGUUAAAUAGCUAUAAAAUGUUUUAUUUCUAUAGGUUUGACAUAAAAUUUAAUAGUUUUUCUUAGAAAAAAAUUGAAUGAAUGUUUUUCAAGAAAUAUUUUUUUGCCUAAGUACAAUGUUAUUGAAGAUAUGAAGCGUAUAUCGUAUGUACCUAUAUUUUUUUCUAGACAAGCAAAAUUAGAUAUCAAAUCACUUUUCAUGUUUAUAUUAUUUCAUUUCAAGAAU